AUGCCCUCCGAACUUGAGCCUCAGGCGGAUACUAUCCGCAAUGCCCAUCGAGGUCACAUAAGUUCCUGCCCGUCCAAAACCAUUCAAACCCCGACUGGCCAGGUUGCUUGGAGUUUUGAGGACUAUGAGUUUCUGGGGGAAAGCAAAUGCCCCGAAACUGUUGCUCCAAUGCUAUGGCGUCAGGCCCAGCUCUGUUCGCUCAAUGGACUGUUCUUAGUCACGGACGGCAUCUACCAAGUCCGUGGCCUGGAUGCGGCCAACAUGACCAUCGUGGAAGGCGACACUGGUAUCGUUGUGGUUGACCCCCUGAUGUCCACUGAAACUGCGGCAGAGGGACUCCGGCUUUACCGUGAGUAUCGCGGCCAUCGGGAAGUGGCGGGACUCAUAUACACUCAUCCUCACGGCGACCAUUUUGCUGGGGCCCUGGGCGUCAGCAACCAAGAGCCUGACAUUCCCGUUCUGGCGCCUGAAGAUUUCAUGUUUCACGCCAUCAACGAGAACGUUGUUGCUGGAGCACCGAUGAAUCGACGUGCAGAUUUUCAGUUCGGCACCCGUUUACCUCGAGGUGCACAUGGACAUGUUGCUUGUGGCACGUGUCUUGCUGCGUCGGAUGGAUCUCGUGGAUUCAUUCUCCCAACCGCAAGUAUCAAGAAAACUGGACAGACGGAGAAAAUCGACGGCAUCAGAUUUGUCUUUCAGAUGACUCCGGGGACAGAGGCCCCAGCAGAAAUGAAUUUCGUUAUCCCGGAUCGACGAGCGCUUUGCGUGGCAGAGAAUGCCAGUCAGAGUCUGCACAACGUUACUCCGCUCCGGGGAGCUAUGGUUCGCGACACCAAGGCUUGGUCGAGUUUCUUGGACGAGACGAUAGCACGUUUUACCGACAACGUCGAUGUGUGCUUCGGAGGUCACAACUGGCCAACUUGGGGGAAUGAUGAGAUCAAGACUUUUUUGGGUCAGCAGCGCGAUCUCUACGCAUUUCUUCAUGAUCAAACAGUCUUCUUGAUGAGCCAAGGUCUCACGGGCCUAGAAAUUGCCGAGAACUUUGAGCUCCCCGACGGACUCAAGAAUGUCUGGCAUGCUCAAAGUUUCUACGGUUCUCUCACCCAUAACGUCAAGUGUAUAUACCAGCAGUACUUGGGUUGGUAUGACGGGAAUCCGGCUCAUCUUUGGGAACAUCCGCCAGCCGAGGCAGGAGCACGAUAUGUCAGAUGUAUGGGUGGCAUCGACGAAGUUAUCCGCAAGGCCGCCCAGUUCGUUGCUGAUGGCGAUCUUCGGUUCGCAGUGACGCUGCUGAACCACGCCGUCUUCGCAGAGCCAACGAACGUCAAGGCCAAGAGCGAUCUCGCAGAAGUUUACGAGACGCUGGCGUGGACCUGUAUUUGCGGGCCCUGGAGGGAUAGCUUCCUCACAGCUGCUCUCGAGCUGCGUGAGGGCGUUCCAGAUUACAGCCCUGUUUCCCAUGGGUCCGGCAUCCUCAAGGCGGCCUCGGUGGGGCAGAUCCUCACGGCUUUGUCUGUUCGGAUCAAUGGCAGGAAAGCCCAGAGCGAGAGUUGCGUGGUUGAUUUGCGUGUGAUUGACUGCAAGGAGACUCAUCGAGUCUCUCUGAGCAAUGGAGCUUUGAUUUGCAGGGAUAUUACUUCUGACACCUCGGGCCAGGGGCAUGUUGGCGUCUGUUCCAUGACCAAGCAAGACCUGUUAACCAUGGUUGUGUCUGGUGUUUUGCCAAAGGAUAUCGAAGGCCAGCGGACAGAAGCCACUCAGAUUGUGGCUUUGAUCAUGUCCUAUAUGGAACCUCCAAACCCCAACUUCAACAUUGUUGUUCCUUAG